CUUUGGCGACAGAGACGUAUUCGUAACCGUUGUUUUUAAGACACCGUCUCGCGGUACGUUAACGUUCGUGCUAAUAUGUCGUGUGUUAGCGUUAGCUUGCUAAGUAGCUAGCUAGUGAGCUAAGCGGUAAGAGAUCCCAGGCUGCCGUCGGUUGUUCAGGAUUAAGGAGUUGCCCAGCAGUGGUCAGGGUAAUGGCUAUAGCUGGAAUCUGAACUCUGAAAACGAAACUCUUUGGUGAAACAACUACCGCUUGUAUCAUAACGUUACUCCAGUCAGGGACAUUAAUUAGUUACAACGUCGCUUGGGACGUUAUUUGUCAGUUAUUAAGCAUUUACUAACUAACAGGUUAAUGUUGCACAAUGAAUAUUUUAUGUUCUGUCCGGGUUUGACUUGUUCAAUUGACAUGGUUUCGUUAACGGUUAAUAGAUUGUGUGGUUAUGGUACAGUGUUGUAAACAGACUAGCUGACGUUAUAUCGUAAGGUGUGUUUUUUAUCAGGCGUUGGGCCAAGAGGAACGGUGUUUCUGGUGCUAGCUAGGUUAGCUUAUUACUGCUACGGGACAUUUCUAUUUAGCGUUAGCAGCAACGUCAAGAUAAACUUCUAACGUUACUCUGUUCAUUUACUUAGUUAAUGCUGUUUCUACCUAGUUCUAGAAAAUAGUAGAACAGGCUUGAAGAUAUCAAGCUAGCUCGAGCUAACUAACGCUAUAAGAUAGCUUCACAGUAUCUGGCCUUGUCCACCAGAUAGUAACGUUAACCUGGGUUCAUGACACUGGUCGACGGUUAUUCUCAUAUUGUAUUGUAAAACACACUUUGUGCGAUCAAAGAGAGGACGCGGUUACCUUGAAACACCCUAAACUAACUGUUAGCGUAAAAUGACAGCCGCUACCAUUAUGUUACUAAGCCAGUUACUGUUAGCAUUAUUAGCUAUUAGCAUUAAUAUAAACUCUAAAAGGCAGAUCUUUUUUUUUUUUUUACCACGGGAGAAGAACAUUUGUCAAUCUGGUGCAGGUGCCAGUGUUCAUUGUCUAUUUGAGUUUUUUUGUUGGGAGCUAGUUGAAUUCAUAUUUCUAAUGCUUUGAAAUUGUCUUGCGUCGUGUUAUUAUUAACUGAACUGAACUGACUACAACAUGAACUUGUAGUAUGCUGAAGUUAGGUUUCGGUGAGAUCAUUCACAGUUUUGUUUGUCUUUGUAUUGCAUGUGCCUCCUACUACUCAGUCAGUUGACAUGAAAAACAAUGCAUAACUUCCUGAAAUGAGAGUCUUUUUAUGUAGGCCAAGAUGGCCAAAAAGUUACCUGAGACAGUAAGUUAUUUAGAUCUUGAUCUAUUUGUUGUUUUCUAGGGACACCUCUAUCCUUUCUCAUAUUCAAUGAUUAUCAUAUUUGUUUUUUAAAAUAGUGCUUUUUUGUGUCGCCUUGAUAAAUGAAGUGCUUGUUGUAGUGCAUUUUACCAUUUAAAUGGUUGUUGUGACCAUUAGACUUUGCUUUUUACCUACCUCGUUUAUUGUGCUUCCAAAUCUUGUGACCAAGCAGGCUAGUCUCUUCUCAUUUCUGACAAUACCCAGCUAACAUCAAACCCAUUGGUUACCCAUCUUUCUCGUCGCUGUUGUCUUUGACUCUGGGUUGCCACGUCUGAUGCAGCCCUGCAGCAUGGAGAGUGUUCACUGUGUCACUGAAGGCUGACCAGAAGGAAUGAGGAACUCCAGGAGAUGUUCCAACGUGGCCUUGUGGAUUCAGUAGCUGGCUUUCGGAGUGCUUUUUUAUGACUAGUAUUGUAUGUGUGUCUGUGGGCACGUCCUCGCACAACCUGCCUAUUGUUCAGGCAGGGACAUGCUACUCUGAGACUGGAGCUGGAGCCCCUCUAGUAAACAAGGAACACAAAGUAAAAAAGGGAAGCACUCUCCAGAAGAGCUGUCGGAUUGACACACAGCGCACUUCAGCUCAUUCAAGUGUCUUCUGAACCAUUGCACAUUUUAACAGCAACACCUUUCCUCUGUCCUGUGAGGUUCUGUCUCCCUACCCCUCCCUAAAGUAUCCUCUGUCGUUACUGGAGUUUCUAUGGUUUGCAUGGCUGGAGAAUAACCGUGGAGAGGCCAGGGUAUCACAAGCUUAUGGAUUUUGAUAAGAGAGGGGGCAAGGGAGAGACAGAGGAAGGGAAAAAGAUGUCUAAGACAACAGGCAGCAGGACUGGACAUGGGGGCCGGAGUUCGGGGACCAAUUCUGGAGUUCUUAUGGUUGGCCCAAACUUCCGUGUGGGUAAAAAAAUUGGCUGCGGGAACUUUGGAGAGCUGCGGUUGGGGAAAAAUCUCUAUACUAAUGAAUAUGUGGCCAUCAAAUUGGAACCUAUAAAGUCCAGGGCACCACAGCUCCAUUUGGAGUAUAGAUUUUACAAACAGUUGGGGAAUUCAGAGGGAAUCCCUCAAGUGUACUAUUUUGGUCCGUGCGGGAAAUACAAUGCCAUGGUGCUGGAGCUGCUCGGGCCCAGUCUAGAGGACCUGUUUGACCUCUGUGACCGCACCUUCUCCCUCAAGACCGUCCUCAUGAUAGCCAUACAGCUGAUAACACGGAUGGAGUAUGUCCACACCAAGAGUCUGAUAUACAGAGACGUGAAGCCAGAAAACUUCCUGGUUGGGCGGCCGGGAAGCAAGAGGCAGCACACCAUCCACAUCAUUGACUUUGGUCUGGCCAAAGAGUACAUCGACCCCGAGACCAAAAAACACAUCCCCUACCGGGAGCACAAGAGUCUGACUGGGACGGCACGCUACAUGAGCAUCAACACACACUUGGGAAAGGAGCAAAGCAGAAGGGAUGAUUUGGAGGCACUGGGUCACAUGUUCAUGUACUUCCUCCGAGGUAGCCUCCCCUGGCAGGGCCUAAAGGCAGAUACUUUGAAGGAGAGGUAUCAGAAAAUUGGAGACACCAAACGAGCGACACCCAUUGAAGUGCUUUGUGAAAGCUUCCCCGAAGAGAUGGCCACCUAUCUGCGCUAUGUGAGGAGGCUGGACUUCUUUGAGAAGCCUGAUUAUGAUUACUUGAGGAAGCUCUUCACUGAUCUGUUCGACAGGAAUGGCUACGUCUUUGACUAUGAAUACGACUGGGUCGGCAAAUCACUUCCCACACCGAUAGGCCCCAUCCCCAGUGACACGCCGCUGCCGCCCAGCAGCAGAGACAAAGCACAACAGCAGACCAAAAACCAGUCGCCUGAGCCCAAAGGAAGUGAGUCUCAGCCCACUCCAGUGACCAAUAAGGAGACUCUGGGGUCGCACCUCACAGCUGAGCGGCUGGGGGGCUCUGUUCAGGUGAUGAGCUCAACGAAUGGCGAGCUGAACACCGACGAUCCCACAGCCGGACACUCCAACGCUCCCAUCACCGCUCCCGCCGAGGUUGAAGUGGCCGACGAAACCAAGUGCUGUUGUUUCUUCAAAAGGAGAAAGAGGAAAGCCCUCCAGAGGCACAAGUGAUAGAAGAGAAUGGAGAGAACUUGAAACAUUGUGGUCACUGUGGUCACACAGACCCACUGUCCCUUAUCUCUUUCCAGUUCCCCCCUCACCUCUUUAUCCCUCUCACCUUAUUCCCGCUGUCACUCUGUACCUCGUGCUCUCUCUUUCUCGUUCUCAGUGCUCCCCGGCUACUGGCGAGUUAAAGGAAUGUUGCAGUUCUACUGACUCCACAACAGACUCUUGAUUCCUUUAUCGACGACAAAUAAACGUAUCUGCAUUACAACGUGGGGGCUUGAGGAAAAAGUAAAAAAGCUGUAACAAUGAAACUCGAAUACCGUGGCGUGAAUAUGAGAAAAUAUACUGUUUGAAACAGCUAUGUAUUCUAGAUUCCACAAGAAGGUGUGUUGUUCCAGCAGUCGGCUGUUGAUCAGGGUGAACCGUUCGAGUGGUUCAAGUGAAAGAAAUCUGCUCCGUAGGAUUUUUUUUUUUUCGUUUCUUCCUUUGGUGUGUGUUUUGGGAUCAAGGUAAAGAGGAAAAGGUGAACUAUGCUGAUGUUAAAUUUGAGUGACACAGAAAGCAUUUCAUCUAUAAAACAGAAUUUGGAGGACUUUUAUGUUUUUUGGGUUUUUUUUCGUUCUUUUUUUUUUUUGUAAUUGAAUCAUCAGUUUUCAAAAUCAAAGCCCUGCAUUGAAGAUGUAUUUUUAUGUUUUAGUGUUCUGGAGUUCUUUUCCUCACUCAAGCUUUCUUUUUGUCUGUCGAUGUGGACUUUGUAGCACAGUCACUGGCCUCAGGUACUGUGGACGAUUGAGAGAAACGGAUAUUAAGCUCUCUUAUUAUUAUUGCACUUUUGGAAAAAAGAGAAAACAAUUACAGUGGAAAACUUAAGGUUUGAAAUUAACAAUUAAGAAAACAGCUUAAUAAAGACUGAUCUAGGAAGAGUCCUUCACACCGCUUAUAUCUGAGUUAUGGCUGAAAAAUGUUGUUGAUUUACAUGAAGGAAAAAAAGAGAGAUAUGUCUUUCAAUUUUUACUUCUCGCAUCAAAAAUAAUUUACCAGGAAAUCAUAGUUUGUGCCUUUCUAAGUAAAAGUUUUAAAGCUCAAGUGGGUGUCCCGCAAUGACAUUUUAUCUAAUCUGUCCCAAAUACUCACUGGAUUAGUGUGUGCGUGUGUGUGUGUGUGUGUGCGUGUGCGUGUGCAUGUGCGCGUGUGUGCGUGUGUGUGUGUGU